AGAUCGGAGCGGGAGCCUCGAAUACUCUUCCAGCCACGUUCAUAUCUGAAUGUAUCUUCAAAAACGAGCUUGAUUUUUGACCUCCGCGAUGAGCAUGGAUGGUUGUCCGCUGAAGGUGGCGAUUCUCCUGUGGUGCCUGCUGGUGAUUUCCGGCUCCAGCUUCGAGAUCGGCUCGUACGAGCUCGAGCGAGGAAGACCGGCCAAGUGCGAGCCCAUCACCAUCCCCAUGUGCGAGGGCAUCGGCUACAACCUGACGCGCAUGCCGAACUUCAUGGACCACGACGAUCAAAAAGAAGCUGCCAUCAAGCUGAACGAGUUUGCCCCUCUGGUGGCUUACGGCUGUGACGUGCACCUCCGCUUCUUCCUGUGCUCACUCUACGCACCCAUGUGCACGGACAAGGUGUCCACCUCCAUUCCUGCCUGCCGACCCAUGUGCGAGCAGGCGAGGGAGAGGUGCGCCCCCAUCAUGAAGAAGUUCAGCUACACCUGGCCCGACUCGCUCGACUGCUCCAAGCUGCCCACCAGAAACGACCCCAACGCCCUGUGCAUGGAAGCCCCAGAGAACGAGACCAGAACGGAGGGCAAGAAAGGUGAGGGCAUGCUCCCCGUGCCCCCUCGCCCUCGGCAGGGAGCCCCCAGCAACGGCCGCUCGGGGGGCGGCGCGGGCUCCUGCGAGAAUCCUGACAAGUUCCAGUUCGUCGAGAAGAGUCAGUCGUGCGCGCCUCGCUGCUCGCCCGCCAUGGACGUGUUUUGGUCCAGGCGAGAUAAAAACUUUGCCUUCAUUUGGAUGACGGUGUGGUCCAUCCUAUGCUUCGUGUCCACCGCUUUCACCGUGCUCACCUUCCUCCUUGAGCCGCACCGCUUCCAGUACCCGGAAAGGCCCAUCAUCUUCCUCUCCAUGUGCUACAACGUCUACUCGGUGGCUUUCAUCAUCCGCUCGGUGGCAGGCGCCGAGAACAUCGCCUGCGACCGGGAGCACGGCGAGCUGUACAUCAUCCAGGAAGGGCUGGAGUCGACGGGCUGCACCAUCGUCUUCCUCAUCCUCUAUUACUUCGGCAUGGCCUCCUCCAUCUGGUGGGUCAUCCUCACGCUCACCUGGUUUCUGGCGGCGGGGAAGAAGUGGGGUCACGAGGCCAUCGAGGCGCACAGCAACUACUUUCACAUGGCGGCGUGGGGCAUCCCGGCGCUCAAGACCAUCGUCAUCCUCACCAUGAGGAAGGUGGCCGGAGACGAGCUGACGGGCCUGUGCUACGUCGGCAGCAUGGACUCGGGGGCGCUCACCGGAUUUGUCCUCAUCCCCCUCUCUUGCUACCUGGUCAUCGGUACGUCCUUCAUCCUCACCGGCUUCGUGGCACUCUUCCAUAUCCGCAAGGUGAUGAAAACCGAGGGCACCAACACCGAGAAGUUGGAGAAGCUCAUGGUGAAAAUCGGCAUCUACUCCAUCCUCUACACCGUGCCCGCCACGUGCGUCAUCGUCUGCUACUUCUACGAGAGGCUCAACAUGGACUACUGGAAGCUGAGAGGCCUGCAGGCCACGUGCGGUUCCUACAACGGCCACGGCGGCGAUUGCUCCCUGGAGGCCUCCGUGCCCACCGUGGCCAUCUUCAUGCUGAAGAUCUUCAUGUCUCUGGUGGUGGGCAUCACCAGCGGCGUGUGGGUGUGGAGCUCCAAGACUUUGCAGACGUGGCAGGGCCUGUGUAGCAGGAAGCUAGCGGACAGGACUAACGGCAGGAAGCCCUGCAGCGGGGUCAGCUGCGGCAGCACCCACUGCCAUUACAAAUCCCCCGCCGUGGUCCUGCACAUGGCCAAGACGGACCUGCACGCGGACUGUCCUACUCAUGUUUGACAAACAUGCCACAUGCUAAAAAGGCAGUCGUCGGAUGGGGGGGGUCAAGAUGGUCCGCCGACAGGAUUCAGCGCAAAAAGGGACGUUCGGUAUCGUUAUUAGCCAUAUUGUUCCGUGCAGCGGACUGAUAUUGGAAGCGAUUGUGGGAUUUUUUUUUUUCUUCGACAAAGCAGCACAAUUAGAUGUAUAAAUCUGUAUAAAUGUUUAUUUAUUGUAAAUAUAUUUAAUUUAAGUUCAUCUUUUCUCUCACCACAUGUGUUUGGAUGCAUUUAUUCAGAAGAGAUGAAGUGCCUUUUGUAAGCACGCCGCUUCUCGACUUUUUAUUUUUGGAUGACAAUAAAUUUGUAGAACUUCAGUUCAA